AUGUCCUUCGAUGAUGACAAACCCCAUCAUAGAACUUUACGACAAUUACUCGCUAAACAAAAUAAAUACCCCAGUCUUGACAGAAGUCCACUUGUUGCGGCAGCACAAUCGGGCGAGCUGAACACGGUAAAAUCUUUGAUUGAGAGUGGGCAAUGUAAUAUCAACGAAACCAUCGACAAGGGGCGAGUAAAUGCAUUGAUGAUUGCCAUUCACAAGCACAAUAACGAUAUUGUUAGAUAUUUACUGAACAUGGGAGCAGAUUAUGAUUACAUUAAUCAACCACCUUAUUGCGACACUGCAUUGCAUUGGGCUGCUUAUUACAGAAAUCCACAGGCAACCAAAAUGCUUCUUGAAAAAAACGCUGUUUGGGACAUUGUAAAUCAUAGUGGAGUGACACCUUUAAUGGACGCACAAAAUCAUUGUAAAGAAUCGCAGGCUUUAAUUGAAAGUUAUUCAAAGUUGAGCGCAGCAGCGCGAGCAAGAAUUGUAAAAUUCCAACACGCCAUGAAAAACAAUCCGAAUAUUGACUUGAUCAUUAUCACAAACGACCUUUGUGACUAUGCGGCCGACAAAGAUUAA